UCGGGAGCAGGCAGGAAUAACGCCUGCAAGCAGCGUUCGCGGUGGGCUCUUCUGCGCGGGGGGACCGGCGUACCGCCAAGUGCGUGCUCUCCCUCUCUGCUGCUCAUCCGUGCGCGGAUGGGAUUCGCCCCGCCGCUGCCAUCCGCAGCACGGGCGGACCAGCUGCCGGGGGACCGGCGAGCACACACGGCCCAGCGGGUGGUGGCAUCUGGGGGGCGUUGGUGCUCACUUUCCGUCCUGGGGCGUUCGUCGGCUCUUCAGGUCCCCGGGAAAGGUGGCAGCUGUAUUUCCUGUGCCACCCUUCUGGCUGCGCCGUCGAGCCGGUCGCUGCUUUGCCCUGCUGGCCCGCAGAUGGCAGGUUGCAAUGCUUUGGUGGCUGUUGACCGGCGAGUCGCCGGCUGUGCUUUGGAGUGGCAGCCAUUUGGUCAUUGUGGCAUCGCUUUGCACGCCGUUUUGCUUGCAGUUGAGAUCGGUCGGUUGUAUCCUGCUAGCUGCUGUGAGGUUCUGAAGUUGCUUUUGAAAAGAGCGGUGUCUUUAAUUGCAUUUGCCUCAGUGCUGUGGCUGCCUGACUUCUGCAGCAAGUUACUUAGUUGCCAGCGCAGCUACUUGUGAGAAUUUGUGUCUUUUGUCUGCACAGUCUGUUUUGCAGUGCUGUGAUUGUUCAUGAACAGCAUCUACCCAUGGAGCUAGCCAUUCAAGUCUGUUGCAAAUGUCUCUCCUGGGCUGUUGUACUGAAGGGAUGGCAUGGGAAACUAUGUUUUCUAGCACUGAAAAAGUAGCAGGCCAUUACCUUAAGGUGUUUAGCAGGAGAGCAGUUUGAUAUGUCAUUCAUCUUGUGCCACCUGAAUGGUGGAACAGUUAACAAACCUCCAGUUGUGCUUAUGCCUAAAGGUUCAGAGACCAGCCCUGUCUUCCCUCAGGAAUCAAUGUGUCCAUGUCAGAGCGCAGCCAAAUGCCUUUCUGGGUUGCCUCAGUUUCAUGAACUCGAGUCCCACCAUUGUUUGAGUUGAAAGUGAGUCUCUCUUUUAAGCCAAGGGUGUUGUGCACCACUGCUGUGCUGUGUGUACAUCCUUGAGGGAGUGGAGGGGCUGAAACUCUAAAAUAAUUGGCCCUGGAUGGGACACUUGUAGAUGUGAACAGUCAAAUUGAUGGAAGGAAUUUCGUCCUUCUUUCCCAGCUCUUGGCCUAUUUGUUUUUAUUUUUGUUAUUGGUGACUGUAUAACCACCCAUUUAUGCAUUUUCCCCAUUUUUUGGGAAUAGUCUGGUCUUUCAAACCAGACUUUUCUGGUUGUGAUUCACAAUGGAGCUUUUCAAGCAUGGCCUUGAGGAGUGAAUUUGCAGUGCCAUGGUUCUUGCUGGAAACAAUAAAACUCCUCCAAACAUUUGAAAAUUAAACGUGCGCUGAAUUCUAAUAAAGAAGAUCAACAGGUUUAACCUGCUGUGAUGGCUCGCCUUUAUGUCUUUUCAUACGAAUUUACCUCCUCCUCCAAACUUUGUACCCCUUGGUACCUCUGAAAGGUUCUUUCAUUCUCACCUUCAGAUUUGUCUGCAGAAGGAUUCACUGUCAAGUUUAUUGUGGGUGCACUUGUAUUCCAAAAUAAUACUGGGCAUGCAAGGAACUAUGACUCUGUAGCCCAGCAAGAUCAUUAUACCAAGACCAACCCAAUAGAUAUUUUUCUUCAAGAUGGGGUGUCUUUAUUUGUACCUGGAAUUGAUAGAGCAGGUUAUGCUCUUCCCAAAGUUCAGCCUCUGUAACUCCGUAAAUGCUUUCCUUAUUGCUCCUUGGUCAUAGAAUGGCUUGAGUUGGAAGGGACCUUAAAGUUCAUCUAGUUCCAGCCUCCCUGCUGUGGUCUUCCUCAUGUCCAUCGGCAUUAUUCUGGAGGAUGAAGGUGGAGUUGAUGAGGGUAGACACUGGAAUUUGGAGCCGUGUAGGGAAGAAUUAAUUUGCUGGAUCUGUGUUGCAAUACCUUUGCAAAUGAAGUAUCUUCAAUUGAUUUGAGCAUUUAUUCGAUUCUGCCCCUUCUUAAAUAUCUACCUGCAUGUUUACUCAGUCUUUUAUUUUUUUUCUCUUUAGGUAUCUGCCUGUUCUUAUGAGAAUCUGUUUCCCUCCUCUGUCAGGCUUUAUCUUCCCCAGUUCUAUUUUGUCUCUCUCCUAUUAAUGUUCUCUUUUGGGCAAAUAAACUACAUUCUUACUUCUGGCGGUUUUUUUUUUUUUUUUUUUUUUUUACCUCCUUCUUCCUCCAUUAGGAUUUGUUAUGGAAAUAUCAAGUAUAUUCCCUACAUUGAUCAGUUUGUCUUUUCUGUCUUUACUUCCUGAGGACCGCUGCUAGUGAAGUACGGAAUGGUAAUGCUAUAUAAAUUUCUUGAAGGGCCGGUAGUCCACAGAAGAAGGCAAUUCAGGUUCCAAAUGUGAAAGUAUAGGCAUCUCCAAAAAAAUCAUGCUCUUAUGUAAGUGAGCUACAUCUAGGGUACAUGUACUCUGCAGAAUUAGUUCACGUGGUCACAGCCUGAUCACAGUGGGUUUUUUAAUGUUAACAUGAGGUACUGCGUUUCAAGACCUCAAGAGUUACUGAAGCUGUAGAGGUCCCCAGACAUGUUGCUUGGAUACGUGUGCCAUUGCCUUUUAUGUAACGCUAAGCUGGAGGAUCUGACCUUCCAGUUAUGUAGUGGGCAAUUGUGGGCCUACAGCCCAUGUCCUCCUCCUCAAGUGUGUGGAGAAUGGUGAGAUGCAAGGGGAUGUUUUCAGCCCAAGCGAUCUGAGCUUUACCUCUCUAUUAGUCUGGGGGAGUAAUGUGGGCUUGGGAGAGAAGAUUUGGCAUGUACUAAAAGUUUAACGCUAGCUAGUUUUGUGAGGAAGCAGUCCCUUCAGAAGUAUUGCCUUCCUUCCAGUUCUGAUGAUGCUCUGCUGCUGCAGAAAUUUCUUACAUUCUGUUUUCGUUGUUUGUUGUGGCAGCAAACAUUGAUUUGUUAUUGUCUCUUGUAAAAAUAUCAAUGUUUGAUUGAUUGCUGUGGCAAUAUUUUCACCUACAAACCAAAGGGUAACUGCAAUAUCUUCUCUAAGUAAUUUUAGCCAAUGUUGUUCUGACUGGGCUUUACUGAGAAAGGGUAACUGGUUGCUUUCAAUCUUCCUCUAUGUCUCUUGCCCUGGUGACAUUGUUCAUCAUAGAUCAGUUUAGCUGGAAAAUUUUAGUCGUGUACUUCCCUGCUUUACAAGCCACUUGGUGAUACAUUCUUUCUUCCACGGGGUCUUUCUGUGCUGUAGAUCAUUUAAGUGAAGGUUCCAUUUGAACAACCUUCAUCUCUUUUUGUGUGCGUAUGUAUUUUACACGUGCACACUCACACACACAUAUAUAUACUCACACACCACACUAUAUACGUAUAUAAUAACAUAGUACAUCACAUGCAGUAUGCAUCACAAUACACUGUAUAUUAUGUUUUAACUAAAGACUGUGUAGUGUAGUAUAUUGGAUGUAAGUUGUAUCUCUAAAGUAGUAUAUUGUGUAUGCUACUGGUUUUCUUUCAGACAGUGCAACAGAUGAAGUGAUUUUCCUCAGAAUUAUUCAGAGCUUGCCAGCAGUUUACUCUCUAUGAGCCAAUCAUGAUUGUUCAUCAGGCUUUCCUUAUAUGUUGCUAGACCGAUGCUUUCAAAGUAUGGUUUCACCCAGGACUAGCCCCUGCUCAACUCCUCUAUGACUUCUAAUGACUUCAGCAUUAAAAAACCUGCUCUGGUUAGCUAACCGUGCUUCUACCCUGAACAGCAUAAGGCAGGGAAUUUCACCUGGGGAUCUUCACAGAAAACAUUAGGGCAUUUUUUUAGAAGAAAGGGGAAAAAUCAUUAAAGAUUUCUACACUAGAAAUACACUAGAUCCCUAGGCAAGUUUUUUCAAAUAAUUAAUCUAUCUCAGUUUUCAGAUUUUACCCUGCUUCUGUCUGAACUUUUUCUAGCUACAGCUCCUAUCCAUUAAAUCUAGGGUCUUUGGUUUGUAGAUUAAAGAACUCUGGCCUAUCAGAAGUCUUCUCCUUUUGUAAUACUCAUAGGCCAUGGUCAUCACCUUUUAACCUUUACUCUAAUAAACUAAACGUGUUGAGCUUCUUAAGGCUCUCUUUCUAAAGAGGAAGGGGAGUUACCAGACCUCACAUCUUCCUUAUUGUUCUUUCUUGGAAGCUGUCAUUUUGUCAGCAUCAUUUUUGAAUCAUUUUUGAAGACAAAACUACAUACGCUACUCCCAUAAUCAUAGAAUCAACAAGGUUGGAAAAGACCUCUAAGAUCAUCCAGUCCAACCGUCCACGUACCACCAAUAUUUCCCACUAAACCACGACCCUCAGUAAAACAUCUUAACAUUUCUUGAACACCUCCAGGGAUGGUAACUCUACCACCUCCAGCACCUGACCAUGCUCUUGGAGAAGUAUUUCCCAACCUCCAACCUGAACCUCCCCUUGUGCAACUUGAGGCCAUUCCCUCUAGUCCUAUCACUAGUUACAUGGGAGAGGAGGCCAACCCCCACCUCACCACAACUUUGGUUCAGGUAGCUGUACAGAGUGAUAAGGUCACCCCUGAGCCUCCUCUUCUCCAGACUGAACAGUCCUAUCUCCCUCAGCUGUUCGUCAUAAGGGUUGUGCACCAGACCCCUCACCAGUCCUGUAUCUAGUCAGGUAAAAACACUUCUCUAUUCCUGCUCUUGAGGAGCAUCCCUCUCUUUAUGAACGGUCGAUUUUAUUCAUUCAGGAAUGGCCCCCUUAGAAGUCCUGUGCUGGGAAUUCAUGUUCAGCAUGCUAUUGACUGUUAAUUGCAAGGCCUUUUCAGAGCUUCUGUUUAUCCUCAGAUCUUCAUCCUUGAAAGCAUUCUACAUUCUUCUGUUCUUCAUGUCGAAAUCCUCCAUAAUUAAAAUGCUUGUCUUUUUAUGCAACCUCAUUGUCUCAGUAAUACCAACUGAUCUGUGCCAUAUACUCUGCCUCAGCACCAGCUGCAAAGAUUACUGUGUUUCUGCAAACUUAGUUUGGCCAGUGCCUUCAUCAACUGCCAGUGAGUUCCAUGAUGAUCCACUGUUGUCCCUCAGUGGUGAGCUUUGGGAAAUAUGCUUUUUGACAGUGGAUCCAUGCAUGAGGUUCUUUUGACCAGAUAGGUCAUGCUCCUGCUGUAUCUGUGCACUAGGUCACAGGUUGCCAAGUGGUGCUUUAUAAAGAUUACCCAAUGCUUUUAAUGCCUUAUAUGUUUAAUAUAUCUCAGGCAGUGUUUUCCUUUGCUAUCAUAUCUUUUCCCCUGGCUAUCCAGUUUGGGCUUAAUCUGGUAAAAGUCAUGCCUAUGAGCUCAGUUGCUUACUUGAGAGGUGGAGGCCUGAAUCUGUGGUUCUGAAAGGAAGAUUAUGCUUAUAUGUAGAUGGCAGCAUUUUUGCAUGAAUUGGUUAUUUUAAAAUCUUUUGGGAUGAGGGAGAACUUUAGAUGUUUGUGACUUCUAAUACUUCAUUGUAUCAUGAUCAGGAAGACCUUGACUCAGCCAAAAUCAUCACGUUUUCUGAGUUUGUAAAAUCAUAAGAACUAAAUCCAAUUGUUCUUUGUGAACUUGGUGAAGUACGUAAGACAAAAUCUCUAUUCCUUUCCCAAGAGUAAUUCAGUGCUGGCAUGAGUUCCUGUGUGACUAAGGAAACUGUUCCCUGAGAUGUUCAUGAUGAUUUUGCGUAGCCUUGCAGUUUGCUGUGAACAGGGGAUUUGAGUGGAGAUCUCUGGAGAUUUCACGUGUAAAUUUUCCUGUGACAAACUUUCAGGUUUCCCUUCACUCAGCCCUACAGAUGAGGGCAGGUUCAUCCCACUUAGCCAGUUCGGUAGACUGGCAACGAUCUAUGGGAUUCCAAACAAGGGAGUGACUCACAGCUUAUCAGUAUCUUGAGCCUGCAGUUCCACUGUUCCUGUGCGCAGCUCCACUGUUCCUGUACCCAUCUCCUUGGCCCUAGUUCACUCCUUUCCUCCUUGACUGUCUGUCUGCCUUCUUCCCACUCAGACUCUUGCCCUUUUGCACAAAGGGCUGUCACAUUGGCUUCACUGUCAGUCGUGAGUUCCUUGAAACAGAGAAUCCAAAGGCCAUACUUGGGUCACUGCCUGCAAAACCCCUCUGGGUACCAUGCCAGCUACUUUCUUUUGCAAACUUAAUGCAUUCUAUGCUAAUAAUAAAGAUUUUAUUUUACCCUUGUUGUGCUCCAGGGAAAGCUGUUUCAGAGCUUCACCAAAUGGAUAAGAGUUUUCUCAUUUCCAUCUCAAAAUUGUUGGCAGCCAUUUUAUACCAACCUGCUUCCUUAGCUUAAGUAGCUCUUCUGACUCUUUGUGUUUAAUUUUUGGUGUUCUGCAGACAGUAAUUGCAUGACCUCAGCUUUUAUAUUGUGAUGUUUAGAAAAGUAAUAUCUUUAUAGGUCUUGGGCAUGAUAGAGAGACUCUUUGUGUCCCUCAGUAUUCUGGAAACUGUUUUCUGUACCUUCUGUAAUACACUUUGAUCUUUACAGAUGCUGGGUAACCAAAGCAUUGUGUGGGCUACCUGACAAGUUCGGUGUCCCUUGGCAUUGAUACUUUCUUAUUCAUUGCCUGAUAAUACUUGUCUGAUACCUCCAAAAUAACAAUGGUCCCCUUAGCCUUCCUGUGAUUAAUAAAUCCCUCUCCUCUGCAGGAGGAUUAUGUUCAUUUCUACCAAGUUGUUCACUUCCUUGAUAGCUACAGGAUGCCAAGGUGACGUUUGCAUGGGUCAGCCUCUCAUACCCCGAGGAUAUCACCCUUGAGUGGCACUGAUCAGUUAAGAGUUCAUCAAUUUGUAUGUGGAGAUGGAGUUAUCCUUUUCUUUGUGCAUUUUUACAUGCAAUUUAUAUUUGGGUAGAUGGAAGUUCAUAUGCCAUUUGGUUGCUCAGUCACUCCUCUUGGAAAGUCCUCUUCUGUCAGUUCGCACCUUUUCUGUCAUCUGGCCUAGUACUUUCAGCACUUUAUUCAUUCAAAUCCACUUACAGGGUUGAAUCCUUUUAGCUCCUGAGCUUUUCUCUGUCUCUCUUCCACAUUCCAACUAGUUUGCCUGGGACAGAGGGUCUGAGCAGAGAGCCAUACCAUGGCCUGGGCCUGCCUCUGCUGUUUGCAGAGCAACAUAUCUUUGCAGAAAGGAGAGGCGAUUCAUGACAUUCAUUGGUUUGUUAGAGAAGGGGUGGGUGGAUGGUGUGGUUGUAUUUUUAUGUUUAUCCUGCAGCUGCAAAGUUACCAGCAAUAUCUCUCAGUAAAGACCUAGAGCAGAAGCCUGGAACCAUGACAGGUCAAUAGGUGGAUAAUGUCCAUGUAGCAGCAAUUUGGAGCCAUGAUACAUGGAGCCAAUGGUCAAAAGCUGCGGCAAGGAAAUUAUGACUGAACAAAAGUAAUCCCCCUCCCCUGCCUCCAAAGAUGUUUCAGUACUGGGAUGGGUGCCCCGGGUCAGCCGGGGAGGCUUUGCUCUUUGAGAUAUUUGGGACAUGUCUGAGCUACUCCACGUAGAUUUAUGGCCAGUCCAGCCGUGAGCAGAAGUUUCGAGAAGAGACCUCUAGAGCUCCCAUCCAACCCAAAUCUUUCUUUGAGUCUCUGGACUCAAAAAAGGAGGUUAUGAAUUACAGUAGGCCCUUAAACAACUCCAGAGGUGAGGUUUGCUCAGGCCUUGCAAAUACCAAAGGUGCUACACUUCCCAAAAUAGUGAGCAUGGAGGUGGCGACGCAUCCCAUCCCUCAGUCAUGUGUUUGUUAACUUACAUCCCACUCUAUGUUGCAUUUUGUGCUCUUCCACCAGCCCUGCCAGCCUGUAUCUCCAGGAGAUCCAGAGGCCCUCCUCUGGAAAAGCUGAAUAAUUCUUCUGAGAUUUUUAAGUAAAUCUGUUCCAACUUACAGUCAUUUUACUGUGCCCUCAGGAAUCAACUUACCGUUAAUGUAACGUUCUUUAGUACAUCUAACCUUCAUUUAUUGAAUCAAACUACAUUUUCAGUUGCUUUUGCAAAAAAUAAUAUCCUCUUCUAUACUGUAAAUUAAACUGUCAUUAAAUGCAUAAAUGUUUUUAUUAUUUAUUACCUUGCUCUCACCCUAAUUGUUUUUAUCUUUCACUCUGCUUAUCAGAAAACAUUUUUUAUUCUCAGAUGUUUUUUUUUGUUGAGUGGAACUUCCAGAAUUGCAGCUUUCAUACUUAACAUUUUGAUAUCUCAUGGUUGUGUGGGACUAAGAAAACAAAACGUUAAUAUAGACUUAAUAAAAAGUAAACUGGCUUUAUCCCGUUAGAGUGCCAGUACUCUGAAAGUUUAUCUUUUAGUACUCUUACUUGGCCUCAUUUCUUGAAAAGGGAGCAUUUUAAUUUUUAUUUGUUAUUUUACAGGGGUAAAGAAGCUCUUAGGUGUCAUGGCAAGUGAAUUUGUCAACAAGUAUUGCUGUUAUGAAAUAUAUAAGAUAAAGGCUAAACCUAGUGACUGAAGUUGAGCUCCAGCAUUAUUUUAGUAUUUAUGUAGGUAGAUCUAAACCACUGAGGGUUUGUUCACUUAUUGUAUUUAUGUAUAAUUUGACCUCUGGUAGAGAAUGAAGUUUCCAAAAAUGUAGAUUUACAUGUAUUGGUAAAGUUUAUUUCAAAAUGCUUCAUAGUGACACAUUUUAUGUGAUACUUUGGUGAAUAUAGUUUAGCUAGAAGAACGUAAUGAAAUUCCAGUAGUAUAAAUUUUUUUAUUUACAGAAGAUAACUAAAUUUGGAAAUCAUCACCGUUCUUGCGCUGAACUCAUACAUUCUGAUUUCUGAGCCGUAACAGCAGUUUACACUGUCCUGUGAAGCAACAGGAGGUGGGGGCUGGCAAUGGGCAGGGAGGCUGGGGAGGUCAAGGAAAAACGUAGUUGUUUUGGUAUGAAAACCCUGGCAGCUCCAGUAGGCAGAGCUGGAUCCCCCAGCUCUGCAGUCAUUUUGAGGAGAGAGAUGAGGUUAAACUUUGCUCACUGAGCAGGCAGGAAUUUUAACUGGAGGAUGAUCAUAUGACCAGGUCUGCCAUCUUACUCCUUCACUAAUCCAGUCUCCAGCCUGCGCUCACAGCCCCUGCAUCCACUGGCUGUUGUAAUUAUUCUGUACCAGCCAGAAAAAUACCUGUGUCGAUUACUACCUUUCAUUUAGUGUCACAUAAGCAUACUUCUUCGUAACAAAAGUUACUAUAUGAAAAAAAUAAAUUAAUUACAAAUUUGCAAGUCAUGAGAUUGUUUGCAACCGAGAUAAUAUUAGCCACAAGCAUUUGCCAACUGCCAGCUUUAUAUUCAGUGAUUUUGGCAUCCUAAUCUUUCCACUUACACAGUCAUUUUCACACUUGGUGUACAUAUUGGAGGACUGGCAAUAAGGCUGCAACAUGCAACCUGAGCCCCAACGUACUCAUUUAUUUCUAUCUAAUGCUGGAUGCAGCACUUUUUCCCUUCCCUCCCUCUUGCAUGCCCUGCACUAAAACACCAGGAUUUGAGCCCAAAGUCAGGUAAGUAGCCAUUAGGAAAUGUCACGCAUCAGGAUGUCUGACUUCAGUAUUUUAGCUAAUUUUUUUUUAUUUUCAGAUACUCCACAGUUGUUAACCCCAGCUGAAUCUCUGGGAUUUUAUAAGUAAAGGAAACGGGGAUAGGAAUUGAAAAUAUAUUGCCUGGAAACACUAUGCAGUUGCCCACCAGAGUCGUGUUGCCUUGCUGGUGUAAGCCCUCCCUUCCAGAAGACCUGCUCCUGCCCACCUCAGUCUCCCUCAGAACAGCGGAAGUGGGCUGCAGAGAGAUAAAAAUUUAUGUUUUCAUCAAGCCGUGCCAAAGAGAAUGGGGGUCCCACACCCAAAAGAAUGAAGACACGACAGAACAAGGACUCGAUGUCUAUGCGGAGUGGACGGAAGAAAGAGACUCCAGGGCCCCGAGAGGAGCUCAGGUCACGGGGUCGAGCUUCCCCCAGUGGUGUAAGCACCUCCAGCAGUGAUGGCAAAGCUGAGAAAUCCCGACAAGCAACAAAGAAAGGCCGAGUGGAGGAAUCCUGCACCCCCAAAGGCAGCAAGCAGGGCCGAACAGAAGAGAUCUCUGAAAGUGAGGGGGAGGACAGCAAUGCUCCAAAAAAGACCAAAACUGAGGAAUUACCCUGCCCUCCAUCCCCUUCUGACGUUGACAGCCUUGAUGGCCACAGCUUCAAUGAUGAGAUGAGCAGCGACCCACGGGACAUUGACCAGGAUAACAGGAGCACCUCGCCCAGUGUCUACAGCCCAGGCAGCGUGGAGAAUGACUCCGACUCCUCUUCUGUGCUGUCCCAGGGCCCAUCCCUCUCCUACCACCACCCUCCACUCUUCCCCCAGAGUCCUCCGGUUGCCCCCGCUUCUGACAGCCUGGCCCGUCCACCUGAGCCUGGCUUCAGUCUCUCAGGCGAGGCCCACCCCCAGGGCCCCGCUGCUGGUGGCUACCACUCCCAGCUGGAGGGCCAGGCCUCCCGCAUUUUCCAGGCUCCAGCCCCGCAGACACCCGCCUCCUCCUCUUCUGCUGUAGCCACCACUUCUGCCCCCUCCUCUUCUUCCUCCUCUUCUUCCACCUCCACCCACGCUCCUCUCUACCCUACAGCCAAUGUUGUUCAAGUUGGUUCCAAAAUAGCUGGUGGAGCAGGGGGCCUCUCAGCACCGGGGGGUCGUGAGCAGACCCUCAGUGCCAAGCACAAUCCACCGCCCACCACUCCCAUCUCACUGGCAUCGGUGGUCGGGGGGUUGCCCCCUCAGAAGACAUCCCCAGCCAACCCACCGCCUGCCCCCCCUUCCUCCGCACCUUCCUUCCCCCAUGUCUCAGCCAACCUGCCACCCCCACCGGCCCUACGCCCACUGAACAACGUGGCUGCCGCCUCCAGUUCCCCAGGAAUGGCAGGGCAGGCCUUGAGUGGGCACUUGACAUCACCCCAUGGGAUGGGCCAGGACAAGGCACAGCCCCUGGCCCCCUCACGCUACCCCUAUGCCCCUCCACCGCUGCCGCCCUCCAGCUCCUCUGCUCAGUACCCGCAGCCCUCCCCCACCCAGCCCCUGCCCAGUUACACUGCCUCCUACGGGCACUCCUUCCCCCCGCCCAGUGGCCUUUCGGUGUCGAGCCAGCCCCCUAAGUACACCCAGCCCUCCCUACCCUCACAGCCUGUAUGGAGCCAGGCCCCUCCCCCCUACAGCCGCCCCCUGGGCAAUGCCAGCUCCCACCUCCCUGCCUCCUUCCCUGGUCAGUCUCCCCAUCACCAGCAACCACCCCAGCAGCACCACCACGGCCAUAGCAGUGGUGGGGGGGUCUCCCCAGCAGUAGCAGCCGCCCCCCCACAACCCCCUGGGGGCUACCCCCAUGCCCUGGAGUCCAACAGCCAUCACCCAUCUCAUGCCACGUAUGGGUUGCGCCUCUACCCUCCCCACAGCCAGGCCACUUACAGCCAGGCUCCCUCAGCUGCUACAGUCCCUUCUUCCUCCUCCUCCUGUUCCUCUUCCUCUUCCUCUUCCUCCUCCUCCUCCACCUCUUCCCAGGGAAGCUACCCCUCCAUAUGCACUCACCCCCAAGGGCAGAGUCCUGCCACCUACACCUUCCCUCCACCACCACCCCCCUCCCCGGCCCAUGGGGCCGGCCCUCCAGUCACCUCUGCAGCUACCACCCUCUCUACUGUCAUCACCACCAUGGCCUCCCCAUCUGCGGCCCCCUACAAGACCGUCUCGCCCCCGAUGCCCCCCUCGGCUGUGGCCCCAUAUGGGAAAUGUGCGGCCUCUCCCAUCCCCACCUUCCAGCCCCCAGCUCCCUACAAGCCAAGCUCACCCCCAGCUUCCUCGGCUGCCCCCUUCCGGGCUGCAACCCCCCCAGGCUACCGGGUAGCGUCCUCCCCUGUGGCCAGUGGCUACAAGGCCGCCUCACCCACCCCACCUGCCCCACCACUGCCAGGGAGCUUAGCCACUCCAGCCCCACCACUGCCACUCAGUGCUGCCCAGAUCAAGCAGGAGCCAUCAGAGGAGUAUGAGCCCCCAGAGAGCCCUGUGCCACCUGCUCGCAGCCCCUCGCCACCACCCAAAGUGGUGGAUGUGCCAAGCCACGCCAGCCAGUCAGCCAGGUUCAACAAGCACCUGGACCGUGGCUUCAACUCCUGCUCCCGCACGGACUUGUACUUCGUGCCCCUUGAUGGCUCCAAGCUGGCCAAGAAGAGAGCAGACCUGGUGGAGAAAGUGCGGCGGGAGGCUGAGCAGAAGGCUCGGGAGGAGAAGGAACGAGAGCGGGAACGGGAGCGGGAGAAGGAGCGGGAGCGGGAGAAGGAGCGGGAGCUGGAGAGGAGCGUGAAGAUGGCCCAGGAGGGCCGGCCGGUGGAGUGCUCCUCACUGGGGCCCGUCCCCCACCGCCCCUCCUUUGAGCAGGGCAGCGCUGUGGCAACUGUGCCCCCCUACCUGGGCCCCGACACCCCGGCCCUGCGCACACUCAGCGAAUAUGCCCGGCCCCACGUCAUGUCCCCCAGCAACCGCAACCACCCUUUCUACGUGCCGCUGGGUGCCAUCGACCCAGGCCUGCUGGGUUACAAUGUGCCGGCCAUCUACAGCAGUGACCCGGCCACACGGGAGCGGGAGCUGAGGGAGCGGGAAGCCCGCGAGCGAGACCUGAGGGACCGUGACCUGCGUGAGCGCCUCAAGCCUGGCUUUGAAGUCAAGCCGGCUGAGCUGGAACAGCUCCAUGCCGUGCCAGCUGCCGCCAUGGAUCCAUUCCCACGCCACGGUGGGCUCAGCCUGCAGACGGCCCCCGGUCUCCAUCCCGCCUUUCCCUUCCACCCGGGGCUGGGCCACUUGGAGCGGGAGAGGCUGGCGCUGGCAGCUGGCCCCACUCUGCGUCCUGACAUGUCUUAUGCUGAGCGCCUGGCGGCCGAGCGCCAGCAUGCCGAGCGGGUGGCUGCUCUCAGCAAUGACCCGCUGGCCAGGCUGCAGAUGCUCAAUGUGACGCCUCAUCACCAUCAGCAUUCCCACAUCCACUCCCACCUCCACCUCCACCAGCAGGACGCCAUACACGCAGCCUCAGCCUCUGUCCACCCUCUGAUCGACCCGCUUGCCUCGGGAUCGCACCUCACCCGGAUCCCAUACCCAGCUGGCACCAUCCCCAACCCUCUGCUCCCUCACCCUCUCCAUGAGAAUGAAGUGCUGCGCCACCAGCUCUUCGCUGCUCCCUACAGAGACCUGCCGGGGUCUCUCUCUGCGCCCAUGUCAGCAGCGCACCAGCUGCAGGCCAUGCACGCGCAGUCAGCCGAGCUGCAGCGCCUGGCUCUGGAGCAGCAGCAAUGGCUCCAUGCUCACCACCCUCUGCAUGGAGUGCCACUCCCCACCCAAGAGGAUUACUACAGUCACCUGAAGAAGGAAAGUGACAAACCCCUUUAAAUGGACUCCAACUGUCAACACGACAUCCCCAUGUCUUUCUGUGAAUCAACCAAAUCCCAGGGGAGGGGAAGCUGCAGUGACGCGUGUCAAUCCUACCCUGCAGCACACUGCAAGAAAGGAUGGGACAGAGCUAUGGUAUGGCAUCCUGGGGGCAGAACGCGGAGGAGAGCACACAGGGAGGGACUGCAACACCAGCGAUGGACUUGAAAGGAUCUGUCCAUGAUUUGAGCAGAGCUCUGGAGGAAUUAAAAUCUGCAACACAAAGAGCUCAAACAGACAAAGACUGGUGUGAAUUCAAGAUUGCAGCAGCUCCAUCCUUCAUUUUGAAGGAGCAGUUGUGUUAAAUAGAAAAGGACUCACGGGAAUUCAUGUACAUGAUGCCGCCUUUCCUGCUUCUGUGAGCAGGAGCUGCAGCCACGACGCACCUCCAAACCCAGUGGAGCCUUUCUUCUAGAUGCCUCCUCCCCCCCACACACUGUAGGUGUAAGAUACUGCUUAGCCAUGCCAAAAAGCAACAUGGAACUUGUUCAGAUGAACCUGAGCAGCCUCUCAUUCUCCAGCCUCCCUUCGGAUGUGAGCGGUGCGUUCCCGGACCCUUGAAACAUGGCGCUGCUGCCCGCUGCCAGGGCAGCUCCCGGCUGCUGGGUGCCAAGCGCUGUGGGACUGCUGGGCGCGGCCAUGCUUCCCCCACACUUCAUGGACGGCCAUGGCCCACAGGAGCCCCUCGGUCCUCGUGCCAGGCCUGCCCCAGCAGCACCCCUGCCCUCGCCCCCCCACUUGGUGUACUUUGACUCAUGCACAUCCUAUUAGACGUGGCAGUUUGAUGUAGCAACGUGUGCCCCCUUCCCCUGCGUGCGUGUCUGAUCUCACGGUUGUAUAACUCGAGCGGUCCCCAUAUAUAUAUUUACUUAACCAUUAAAAGGAAAAGGAAACCGACCCACGGCCCAGAUAUGGAAAAAUGCCCCGACCACGUUCCCCACGCACUCCUCACCACACAUUCUAAUAAUUUAUAUAUAUAAAUAUAUAUAUGAAGCUCUUAAAAAGAAAAGCAAACAAACGAACAAAAACCCUUCCAGAAACAGA